AGACCCAAUCUCGCUUCAGCCAUCUUCAGAACCUUUACCUACACAAUGGCACCUGAAAUCAAUUCCAAAAGGCGAAUCAUCCUCGGUCUGAUGACCCUGGGUCCGGAUUCUACCCACGGCGCCCGCAUCACCAGCCUGGAUGAGUUUAAGCGGUGCCUAGAUCUCUUCCAGCAGAGAGGCUAUGCUGAGGUAGACACCGCUCGUCUGUACGACGCCGGCCGUCAGGAAGCCUUUACCCGCCAGGCAGGCUGGGAGGAACGAGGAUUGUCGAUCGCUACGAAAUGGUAUCCGAUCAGUGCUGGUUCUCAUCGACCGGCGGUGCUUGAGGAGAAACUGAAUGAGUCUCUGCAGGAGCUCGGAACCGACUGCGUUGACAUUUACUAUCUUCACGGACCUGAUCGCACCACUCCUUAUGCCGACACCGUCCAAGCCCUUGACAAGUUGUAUCGUCAGGGGAAGUUCAAGCAGCUGGGUCUCAGCAACUUUUCUGCUUGUGAAGUAGCUGAAAUCGCAACUAUGUGCAAUGAACGCGGCUGGGUUCGACCCACGAUCUAUCAAGCUGUCUAUAAUGCGCUGACACGAGGCAUCGAGGAUGAGCUCAUCCCAUGCUGUCGGCGAUGGGGCAUCGACGUGGUUAUUUUUAACCCUUUGGCUGGAGGGUUCUUUUCUGGUAAGUACAAGACCACUGGCACGCCUACUGAUGGUAGGUUCAGUGAUCAGAACGCUGUGCUCGGCAAGAUGUAUCGUGACCGGUACUUCAAAUCGAGCACCUUCCAUGCUUUGGAGAUUAUCGAGCCUGUAAUUCAGAAAUAUGGACUCUCGAUGGUGGAGGUAGCCCUUCGCUGGUGUGUUCAUCACUCGGCGUUGAAUAUCACGAAUGGGCAUGAUGGCAUUAUUACUGGGUUUAGCAGCUUCGAGCAGCUGCAAAGCAACUUGAAUGACUUGGAACAGGGCCCUUUGCCGGCCGAGGUAGUUGACGCUCUGGAACAGGCGUGGUAUACGGUCAAGGCAGAUGCGAGCAAAUUCUGGCACGGGGAGCUCGUUUAUGCCUAUGAUACUCAAAAGGUGCUCCUGAAGUGA